CAGGAAGUUUUCAGAGUUCACAGGCUGCGGGCUACAUCCGCAUUCUUUAACAAGUGUUUACAUCGUGAGGACUAUCUGUCAUUGGCACAGACAACAAACUAGGUAGUAAUUGUGGUUGAACGCGUCUUUCAGCUUAUGUUUUUUGGUAUUUAAUUUAAACAGGCACUGAAACAGGGUGCUGUUUCUGCACGAUUAGCGUACAGGGUUCUGCAUUGAGUUACAGUGCCUGCUCUUAUCCAGCUAACCCAGACAGCCCCGUAACAUGAAGUUAUGGAGGAGCGUAAGCUAAAGAGAAAGAGUCCCAGGACCUCCACCAACACUGCGGCCCCGACCGGUGGCUCUGGCCGGAAGACCAACGCUUCCUCCGGGGUACGGCACGUCGGCUCCAGCCAAAAGAACAAAAAUAGGAGGGGAGUGAGAGACAAACCCAGGCAUCAUGUGGGUUUGGGCGGGAGGCCUAAUCAGAACCAGGGCCCGGCAGCACCGAUCAUCCAGCACUCCUUUCUGACCGAUGUCUCGGAUGUACAGGAGAUGGAGAACGGCCUGCUCAGUCUCCUCAACGACUUCCACUCGGGGAAACUACAAGCGUUUGGCAACGAGUGCUCCAUUGACCAGAUGGAGCAAGUGAGAGAGAUGCAGGAGAAGCUGGCGCGUUUGCAUUUUGACCUCCACAGCGAGGUGGACGAAAUGCCCGAGGACCAGAGGAAAGUAGCCUGCGACACCAACAUGGACAACCUACUUCUUAACCUUGAGGAGCUGAGUUCUUCGAUUCAGAAACUGAAUCUAGCCGACUCCCAAGAGAUCCCGAGGACUGCCAGUAUGUGAUCUUCUCUUCUCAACCUCAUCUGACCCAGACCCAUGUCACCUAGAGGGGCUGCAACAGAUAUGGUAGAGUUGAGGCAAGCUGGAGGCUCUAUUCCUCUUUAAGUAUUGUGGCAGUUCACCAGCGUUCCAUGUCUGUAAAGCAGCAUGGAUUUAUUGUAAGACGUCACAACAGGGGUGCAGCAGAGCCUUAUUUUUCACUGCCGACAGUAAAUAUAGUACAAAACAGUUAUAAUGUUGUCUGACUAAACAGCAGGAUGACAGUAAUUAACCUCCUGAGAUAUGAUUGAAUGUAUUCUCUUAUAGUCAGAGUUGUAUAGAGGGAGUCUACCAAAUUUUAAGCUACUGUCUGACCUACAGUACUUUACAUAUUGGCAUUGCUGCAUCCCUGUCACGACCUGUUUAAAGUCAAGUUUCUAAAUAGUUUAGAUUUGCAAUACAUUGCUAACCAAAGUGAUAUUGAUACAAACUACUCACCUUGUUUUGUCCAGCAGUUGAUUAAUUCACAAGUCCUUGAAAUGACAUCUACAGUGUUUGUUUAUCAGCUUUGUUUUAAGUAAACUGACUUCAAGCUUACUCCUUUAGCUAUUCUCAUAUAUAUGUGUGUGUGUGUGUGUGUGUGUAUGUAUAACCUCACUCUGUUGCACUUUGUGUUGUUGUCACAGGUCACUAAGUGUCUGUAACGGCACAAACUAAAGACCCAAAGCUAAACUUAUCAAAAUACAGAUGCAGAAAUCAUGUUUAUAACUGUUUCUCAACAUAUCGCUUUAAUACCAAUCAUGUAUCUUAUUUUAGAGACAAUAAAAAAAAGUUUGAAUUAUUGUUAAAUCUAAAAAAAAAUAACAUUUAAACAGUAGAAACUGCACAGUUUGUGAUUUUUGCAUAUGACUUCUUGCUACAUGCGAGUGGCCUGAUAUCAGCUCCAGCACCUUGUUCAGUAUUGAAUAUAUAUUUGCACAUAUCCACGCAACAUGCAAAACACACUGCACAUCAUCACUCGUGUGUCGGUUUUGACGCUGGAAAAUACUGAAUUAUCCAAAUGUUGACGUCGGAAGCAUGCCUUAAAUUUCUGAUUUAAAGCAUUUUUGCCUUAUUGGUUCUAACCUGUUGAAUUGACUUGCAUAGAGCAGGUUCUGUAUUGAGAUAAUAUGUGAUCAUGUGACACUGCUUUGACUGUAAAUCCUACUUUAAUUUGCCACUUCUUAUUUUAACCAGUGUUGUUGGGGGAUUAAGUGUUUUACUAUUUUGAAUGUUUGGUGGUUGUAUUUUUAUUGACCUAAUAAAUGUGUUGUCUGAAUCUCCUGG